AUGAGCAGCGGCGGAAAUGCCGACACCGUCGGGUCUCUGCUAGCCAGCAUCGCGACAUGCCUGACCGAGGCCCUGCGCAUCCUCAUGUUCGCCGACAAGCGCCAAUGGGGCCCCGACGAGUUUGAGCAGAUCCGCGCCCUCGAGGAGGCGCUGGACGAGGCCAAGGAGGACUACCAGGAGAUGUCGCCGCUGGUCCACGGCCAGUUUUACUACCAAAACGACCGUUCAUCCAUGUCCAUCCACGAGCUACGGAACCUGCACGCCAAGUUCGAGUUCCACGCGCAGAACUUCAAGGACUGGGCGAGGCAAGGGGGCCCAAUCAACCCCACCUGGGCGCGCGAGACGGCCGAGCUGAAGAGAGACCUACACCGGGCGCAGUGCCGCGCCGCCGGCCGCAUCUUUGCCGCCGAGCAGGAGGGCGCGCGGUGUCUGGGCGCCUUCCAGGUGUACCGGCAGCAGAAGCGCCUCGAGGCCGAGCGGCAGCGGCGGCGGCAUGACCACGACGAGCAGCCGCUCUGGCAACAACAGCAACAGCAGCAGACAGCUGAGAAUGGGGAAACACAAUACCGGGGCGAGCGGCCUGACGACCCUCGCCGGCGGUCCAGCCUGGAGGAGCUGGUGCCGAGCUGCAACGCCGUGGGGCGGUUCGAGCGCCUCGGCGACCUGGACGCGGCGUUUGUGUGCGAUUUCUGCGACGGCUUCAUCGUGUGGCCGAACCUGCGGGGCAUGCCCGCGGCGCGCACCAUCACCACGCCGCCGCCGCAGGCGCCUGACACUAGCAACGACUCGGCCUCCUCGGCGUACCCGCACUGGCAGGCGAUGGGCCAGAGCCGGAGCACGGGCGCCGACAAGACGGUCGUGUUCGCGCCCGUGGCCAUCGCGAACCACGUGGCGCCGGGGCUCGGCGCCUGGCAGGCCGGCAUCUUGUGCCCGUACUGCGACGAGUACACGUACCUGGACCAGAGCGAGGACAGUGAGGAGGACGUCAGGUAUGCGCAGGACGAAAAGGGGUUCCCCGACCUGGCGGCGUUCCAGGCCCACCUCGAGUGGUACCACACGGCCCUCGCCAUGCCCGCCAUGUCGCCGCUGGCGUCGGCGCUGCCGUCUUCGGUCUCGGGCUGCAGGGUCAUGUAA